AUCUCUAACUAACCAAGUAUUUUAAUUUACAAGUAAAUAAAUAAGCCCUGAGAGAUUAUAAGGAGGCCUAACCAUGAAGAAAAUAACUUUUGGAAAAAUAAGCGCUAAUUUUAGCGAAAAAUCGGAUAAAAUAGAGGCGACUGGAACAAUAGGUACCUUCGGGGAACCCAAAGCGAUGGAAAUAUUAGAGGACGACAAAGAAGCACAACAAAUGAAAGAAGUUAUGGGAAUAAUGGGAUUCGGUAAAAAGGCCAAAUCAUUUGAUAUUAACGAAAUGAUGAAUCAAGUAAAGGCUACAGCACGUGAAUUAACAAAGAAACAAGUUGAGGAUAAGUUUGAAGAACCUAACAAAGACUUUAGCGACGAUGACCACUCUGAUGAUUUUAUCGGACCGCCUAUUCCGGAUAAUUUGUCUUUGGAGAAUAAAAACGAAAUUGCAGAUCCACAGGAUGCAGUUAGCAGUGAAGACGAGAAUGAUGACGAAGAAAGCAAUGAAUACUUUAUUCCCUGUCGUCAAGGGAUUUCAAUGCGUCAUGGCAACAAGGCUGUGACUGCUGUAACUGUUGACCCCAGUGGGGCAAGGUUAGCUUCUGGAUCAGUGGACUAUGAUGUGAGCUUUUGGGAUUUUGCGGGCAUGGACUUGAACAUGAGAAGCUUCAGGACCUUACAACCAGCUGAUAACCAUCCCAUAAGAGGCCUACACUACUCAAGCACUGGCGAUCUAUUGCUGGUAAUAUCCGGCGCUAGUCAAGCCAAAGUCAUUGACAGGGACGGCUUUGAGAAACUCGAAACGGUCAAGGGCGAUAUGUAUAUUACCGAUCAGGCUAAAACAAAGGGUCACACAGCCGCCCUUUUGGCAGGUUCCUUUAGCCCAAUCACAAAAGAAGAAUUUUUAACUACCAGCGCAGAUGGUACAGUGAGGACCUGGGAUUUUUACUCUGGUGGGAAACAGCACAAGCAGUUGAUCAAGUGCCGAGCUCAGAAUGGUCUCAAGGUAUCUCCGACCGCCGUUAAUUACAGCCGCGAUGGGAAAGUCAUAGCGUGCGGCUGCGCGGAUGGUUCCAUCCAGCUGUGGGAUUUUCGCAAAAGUUCGGUCGCUCCGGCGAGCCAGAUACGGAAGGCGCAUCAGCCGGCAGAAAUCUCGAGUGUGUAUUAUUCGCACAUCGGCGACAGUUUGGUGACGCGUAGCCUUGAUGAAACAGUCAAGCUGUGGGACUUGAGGCGGUUUAAGGCGCCCGUGCAUGAGGCCAGCGGAUUGUUCUCGCGAUACGACACCACCGACGCGAUAUUCAGCCCCAAUGACGCCGUCGUUGUUACCGCAACAUCACUAAAAAAGGGCGAAAAAUGCGGCUACAUACACUUUUUCGAUGCAAACACGUUCAGGCUGCUCAAAAAGCAAGCGGUGACGGAGUCGCACGCGAUUAAAGUGACGUGGCACGAGAAACUCAACCAGAUAUUCGUGGGCACCGGCAAUGGACUAGUCAAAUGUUUCUACGACGAGAGGAAGAGUCUGAGAGGCGCGACGCUGUGCGCGGCCAAGGUGCACAGGAAGGCACAACACUCGGAGGUCGUUAGCGCACAGCAGGUGAUCACACCCCACGCGCUACCGUUAUUCCGACAGGAGAGGAGGAAGACCAGCCGCAAACAGAUGGAGAAAGACAGGCUUGAUCCCAUUAAGUCCAAGAGGCCCGAUCUGCCGAUUACUUCUGGCCAAGGCGGAAGGGUGGCGUCUAGCGGCGGCACGCUCAGCAGCUACGUUAUCCGGAACCUGGGGCUCAGCAAGCGCGUCGACGAUGAUCAGGACCCGCGCGAGGCCAUCCUCAAGUACGCCAAGGACGCCGAGGAAAACCCGUACUGGAUAACCCCGGCAUAUCAAAAGACGCAACCGAAGCCCGUACUCGACAUGCCCGAGGCGGAGCCGCCUCGCUCAAAAAAAACCAAGACGGAAUAGAUGAAGCUAACCUUUAAUGUACAAACGUUCACGAAAAUAAAACAGUAAUCGUAUUUAUCGCGUCGAAAGCGCGUUUUCCAGUUUCUGCAAGUGAUGCCUGAGCGUCUUGUCAAAACCGACUCCCCUGAUCCUCUCGACG